CACAACCCCCCUGUGCUCCCUGUGCUUUUGGCAUGCGAGCAAAAAAAGGUUCGCCAUCACAGUCCUAUAUAAUAAACCGGCAUUUUGAUAGUAAAGAAUAUCUAUAGCGCUGAACUGUCCUUGGUGUUCUCUGAGCUUUGAGGUUUUCUUGCAGAUGUUUCAUUAGCAAACUAGGUAACAUCAAUGCUACCAAUAUCAAUGCUACAUCAAAGAAAAUAACCAGCUCAGAGAGCACCCAAGGAGCCUAACAGGCACUUUGCACAACAACUUCAAUAAUCUAUUGACCAUGAUGUCUGAGACUUAUGGGAACUGUAAUUGAAAAGAUCAGGUGGCAGGAAUUUUUCAGGAACUAUGUGGUGCCCUUUUCAGUCUUCCUGUGAGGCCAGAUGGAUGGAAUCUUCAGCUUGCAUGAAGGCAUAGAUUCCACCAUGAAUAUACGACUGUUCUUUCCCAAUAGAAAAACAAUUCUGUGCAAAAGGGGUCAUUGACUUUGAGGCAAACCUUUGAGGCAAAACUGGCCUGUGAUAGUAACAAUACUCCUUCCCUCUAUGAUGGUGAACCUAUGGCAUGGAGCCAUCUCCCUGGGCAAGUGAGCCAUCGCCCAUUGCUCUUCCUAGUUCUCCAGUUUCUGGCACACCAGCGCACACAAAGACCAGCUGGCCAAUGCACAUUGUGCCCCGGAAACCAGAAAAUCAUUUUCCCGGCGUGCGCAUGCGCACUGGAUGGUUGCUCUUUCAGUUUCCAGCACACUUGUGCACUCCCAUUUUGGCACUUGGUGCCGAAAAGGUUCGCCAGCACUGCUCUACGUGAAAACUAAGAAUAACUUUUUUUUAAUUAAGCUCUGUUUGAAAAUUGCUACAACCACUAUCAGUACCAUUAUCACUACCACAAUCAAUUGAUUUGGUCAAGUAAACAAAAUAAUUUAUUAAUGACUCCCUUGAGUUCUUUAUCUACAAACAUACACAAACACACACACACACAACAUUCAUUCCUCAAAGUACCACUGGAAAUUACCAAUAACACCAACAUCAUUUAUUUUAGUCAUUGACUAACAAAAUUAAAACUAUCCCAUUGUGUCAAUUGUUAAAUCUAAAUACACUGCUACAAGAAUAAUUAAAAUUUAAGGGGUUGGCAGAGAUAUUAACCCAUACAAUACCAUUGUUAAUCUACAAUAUCAUCCUGAAACUUUUCUGCUCAUUCAUUGUGUGUGAAUAUGCUUGUUUUGUACUAGAUCUUUAUUUUGGCAAUCAAAUUAUAUAUAUUUUUCUUGUUCUAGUCAAUGCAUUGGGCUGUCAGAGAUAAAAAAGAGCCAAUGUUGGAUGCUCCUGAUUCAAAUCGUAAUGACAAGAUGGCUGAUAAUUUUUCACUGAAGACAGAAAUUAACAGGGAUGAUUUAUUCACUGAUGGAAAGGAAAUGGAGGAUUUUCAAAUCUUUGAUGGGAAACCAAUGUCACCAAAAAGCCCAGAUUCACCAGAUCCAAAUUGCUGGCACUUGCGCUUCCGUUGGUCGGGUGACACUCCAUCUGAACUUCUGCGGAAGUUUAGAAAUUAUGAAAUAUGAAGCAGAACAUGAAAUAUGUAUGGAGGAUGAAACGUGUUGAAUGUGGUUUUCGCUGUUUCAAUAUUUUUGUAUAUGUUUAUUAUAGAGUGGCUGCUUGUAUGUGUAUAUACUUUAUGUUAGGGAUGUGCCUACUUUGUAAAUGUUUCAAAAGAGCUGCUUCAGAACGUAUGCAAGGAAACCAUGCAGCUGUCUGUCUUUUUUCAGGCGAACUAGAGAAAAGAUGUAGCUCUUUUAAAACUUGCAUUUAGAAUUGGAUCCUUAAAGCAGCAGCAGCAACAUUUUUCAAGCUCGGAUUUAUGCCUGAAUGGGGGGACAAAAACAAGCUGCUGUAAUGAAUAGCAGAGAGGUGCUGUGUUUAUGCAAAGUUUGAAGCAUCACUUCUGAACAAUUUUUGAAAUUUGUGUGGCUUCAGAAAUAUGUAUAAUUUGUGCAGUUAUGUAUAGUAUUUUAAAUUUUG